GAUCUGUACAAGGAGGCCAUGAUGGAGGAGCACCAGCCUCUUAUAUCACAAGAAAAUCCCAGUAAGAAUUCUGAGGGAAACCUCAUGUUAUCACUAAAUUAUAAAGCAGAAGAUGAAGAUAUCAUGCAGCGCUCUUCAGGAGAAAAUGUACAUCCAGGACUUCACAGUACAGAUAUAUCAAGUAAUCUUCCUAAUCAUGAGGGACCUUCUCCUGACGAAUCACGGACAGUUACAAGUGAAGGGAAGAAACGACACUCUUGUUCAGAAUGUGGGAAAAGCUUUACAAAUGAACAUUAUUUUGUUAAACAUAAGAAACUUCACAUGUCACCUCAUACAUGUUCAGAAUGUGGGAAAUGUUUUACAGAAAAAAAAUGUCUUACUAGACAUGUAAGAAUUCACAAAGGAGAGAAGCCGUAUUUAUGUUCAGAAUGUGGGAGAUGUUUUGCACGGAAAGCACACCUUGAUAGACAUGAGAGAAUUCACACAGGAGAGAGGCCAUAUUCUUGUUCAGAAUGUGGGAAAUGUUUUAAAAGAAGAACACAACUCGUUACACAUCUGACAAUUCACACAAGAGAGAAGUCGUAUUCAUGUAAAGAAUGUGGGAAAUGUUUUUUUAAAAAAUCAAGUCUUUUUAAACAUGAGAAACUUCACAAAGGAGGGAAACUAUAUUCAUGUUCAGAAUGUGGAGAAUGUUUUAUAACUAGAUCAAAUCUCUUUAGACAUGAGAGAAUUCACACAGGAGAGAGGCCAUAUUCAUGUUCAGAAUGUGGGAAAUGUUUUACACGGAAAUCACACCUUGAAAGACAUGAAAGCGGUCAUAGAGGAGAGAAGCCGUUUUCAUGUUUAGAUUGUGGGAAAUGUUUUACACAAAAGCCAAGUCUUGCUGCACAUCAGAGAAAACACACACAAGAAAAGUAGAGAAAAGCAAAUUCAUUGAAAUAUUUAAUUAGGGUACAAAUAAAUUCAACCCAAAUAGAAAGUGCUAAGAUUGCGUGUUCACAAAGACAUGAUUAAACAUUUGACUGUGCGCAUCCACCAGAAUGGUGGAUACAUGACGUGUGCGAUGUGAAGACUUUUUAGGAAACAUUGAACUCGCUUAGGCCUCAUGCACACGACAGGUUUUUUUUGCGGUCCGCAAAUUGUGGAUCCGUUGUCCUUUGCCGUUUUUGUUUCCGUGUGUCUUCUGUUUUUUUGGCGGACCGCCCCCAAAAAAAGGAAGGUAAAAAAAGUGUCAUUUUAAUAUCCCCACCCAGGAUACUGGUAUAUAUGCUGGUCACCAGGCAACUGAUUCUACAAAAACGGGCGCGGAUGACAGACUGUUGUGCAUCCGCAUUUUUGGCGGUCCCAUUGAUUUGAAUGGGUCCGCUAACUGUUUUUCGCGGACAAGAAUAGGACAGGUUAUAUUUUUUUGAUGGACUGGAACCAUGGACAACAAACGGUGGACUAUCCGCAUUUUCAACGGCUC